AGCUGUGUGCAAGCAGAGCCUCCUGUUAACGCUUCCACUAGAGACGAAUUUUGUAUCCUCUACAACUACACUAAAGGAGAACUUUGCAAGGGCAUUAUCACUAGUCUCUACGUCUUUGGCAACCAAAGAACGGUGGAUUAUGGUGACUUUCAAACAUUGAACUUCCAAGGCUAUUUCUUCAACUUCCUUGAAAUAUCAAAGGAGUGCAGGAUAAUCAUGAGAGAUUUGUUUUGCCGAUAUCAUUUCCCGCCAUGUGAUACGUCUUUACGGAUACCUCGACCUCGGCGGAUUUGUCGCAGGUCGUGCGAAUAUCUUGAUCAUGUCCUGUGCUUGAAGGAGAUGAUUUCAGUCAGGAUCGCGGCAAAGACAGCUCCAGGAUUUGACCACAAAAUGAUCAACUGCUCAACUUUUGAUGUUGCUAACGGAGGUGACGCUCCUGAGUGCUAUCAAUACCAGCCCCUGCCAGGUUUGUACUUGUAAAUUUGGAAAACAAGACAUAAAACCAAAUAGUAAAUCCACUAAAACUUGUUUUCUUCCUUGAAGUUGUAUGGCUCCUUUACAAAGGUGAUUCAAGAUUAUAAAAAAAAAUUGCCUCCAAGGCUCAUUUUUCGAAGACUUUUGUUGUGAGGAUAAUAGUUGAUUAGUAAGCAGUACAUAGUUUACAUUCAAUUGUAUCUUGAGUGAUAAACAGAAAGCCGGCUCGACCGCUCGAGUUGGUCCCUGCCGUCGUUUAGUCUUUUUGUUUGACUCUCUAUAUGAGCAGACACAUCACUCUGAGCAGUUACGUUCCUAAACGUCUCCGUCCAACUGUGACGGUAGCAGCCAAUUAACUUAACCUUUCGAACCCCAAUAUCCAAAUACGAAUUUUAGAUCAUUGAUCUCCAUACAUUUCCUUUACCCUAUUCAGACGGGGGCAGAGGAGAGGGGGAAUUUUUUAGGGCCCCGCGCAAAAAUAAAAGGAACAAAUUCAAGACUAAUUAAGCUAGGACUACCAAACCUAGCGACUUUUCCUAAAAUUACAGGAGAUUUCUGGGAACAUCUUAAAGUUGGCGCAACGUGCACGUCAACAAUCACGUUACCAUGGCAACCUUGUUUCGGCAGCCAUGUUUUUUUUAAAAUUGCCCUUAAUGCUUUCUAAGCAUCCCUUUAUACAUAGAUCAUUUUUAUCAAUUCAAAAUGGCGGACGGUUCCAGAUCCUUCUGUAACCGGAAAUGACGUCAUCGUAACAUUACUGCUAUCGUCAAAGGUUAUUUAAUGUGUUGACCAGCUUCUUGAUUUUGUCAAACGCCUUACUAUUUAAGUAUUAAUUUCGCUUUAAUGGUGGAAUUUGAAUUUUGCCCAUUAAUUUAACAAAAUGCGCCAAGAUGACGUCAACGCCAUUGUGUCUAUCACGGUUUCCCUAGUUGUUGCAAAUGAUCAGUAUAUUAUUCUGUGUAAUUUUGGUGGAGGUUUUGAAGAUAUGAUGGGGGACCUACGGAGUUUCCGCUCCCCGUCGCAGAAAGCAAACCCUCGAAAUAAAGGAGUAGUCGAGGGAAAUCAAAACACUUUCAUCUUUUUAAUAUUAUUCGCUGAAAAUGUUUGUCGGUGACUGUUGCGACUAGGGGGGGGGCACCUAUCAAUUAAAACAUUUAUAAGGCAAAAUUUUGCUUCUGCUAGAUCUUUUAAAGAUGGCAUUUCUGACAGUUUAGUAUAACGGAGCAGUGAGAUUACUAUGCACGGACCAGAGGACUGGGCCGGCUAUGAGGAAUUGUUAGUGGUAGCUUUUUGAUACUUGUUUAUUUGUACGUUGUAUUUUUGAACCAGUCUAGGUCAGCAUUCAUUAGAGCUUCGUACUUUUAUUAUAUUUGCCUAUUUUGUUAUUUUGUUUACAGACAUUUGUUGGCAGCUAGUUUUUGCGUACCACUGCCCCGAGUUGUGGGCACCCCAUCCCACCACACCCCACCCGGCGAGAAAUUCAAAAAUAAAAGCCUAAUAUUAACUCUUUAACCAAAUGAGCUUUUCAAUUUUUUUUUUCACAUUUUAUUUUAUUGCGUCGUGCUCUUUUUUAUUUAUUUUUAUUUAUUUCUUUUGCCAUAUCUUGAAAUUUUAAUUUUGCUGUCAAUCUUGUGACUUCAUUUUCCUGCCAAAGAAAAGUUAAAAUCGAAAAACAAAAACUUUGGAAUACAAAGUUUUACCAUCCUGCAAAGUUUGAGCUCAAACGAAUAAAAAUUGCAAAAGAAGUUCCUAGAAUGCACUUUUAGGCGUCCUAAUCUGCACCCACCGUGCGUGAACGCUUGAAAUUAUGCGUUCAUCUUUUAUCCUGUUAUGUACAUCUCGUGCAUACGCUUGAAUUAACAACAUAACAAUUUGCUUAAGUUUUGCCUCACAACCUUAAAGGGUUAACAUAUAUCUCUGUCGUCCUAGAAUCACCCAGGAAUUUCUGAAUUUUUUAUUCAUAUGGAGAGAGUCCCCUCCCUCGAAAUAGAACGAAGCAUCAAAAUUAACUCACUUUUUUCUCUUUUACACAGACGAUGAUACUAAGAGCACAGGUGAGUUUCGAGCUUUUGACCUACUCUAUCCCAGUACUCACGUCAUUUAGCUGUCUAAUAAACUAUACCCAAUCCUUUUAUUUUAGGGGGACUUAUAUUUCCUAGGAUAGUUCCACCAUCUAAAGAAAAAAGCACCCAAUUUACAACAUUGUCGAGUUUUAAUGUUGAAAAUUGUAUAUCCCAGAAUCAUUUGUAGCAGCUGUAAAGACAACAACAAAUGAAAGUAGUUUUCUACACAAUUAGUAACGUCCAAAAAUAAUAAAAAGUGUACAUAACACCCACGUACUAUUUAUUUCGAUUUUGUCAACUUUCUUGUAAGCGCGGAUCCACACCGGUUUCCACCUUUUUACGCAAAUUGGUCAGAGUUUUCAUAGGAAACAUAUUUUAAUAUAUAAAUAUAUAUGUAAAUUGCACUCGGAAGAAUGGCUUCUGCCUUCAUCAGGGGUUUCUUCUUCGGGUAUAAUUACAAAUGAUUAGACGUAAUAAAGAGAGUGAUUUAGUAGUAACGUGUCAAUUAGUUCUGGACGUGACGUUUUUGUGGACUAGAGCAGAAGGCCCUUUAAUAACUUAUGUUUUUAAACAUUAUUAACAUUGACAUUUGGCGCUUGUUUAGGAAAUAGGUCAGGUUUUUAACCUACAUCCACCCCUGGGAGAGACGGUUUAUAAUCUACUUUAUAUGGAUGAAGGUUAGAAUUAGAUGAGACGCAGCGUCCCCCCAUGCAUCAUCUGUUUAAACUUGGACUUGCCCCCAACCCCGAUACUUCCGAAACAAAGAUGGCCAUCUGUUAUAGUAGGCACAGGGUCAUUGCGAUCGUAGUGAAAAGUGGAGACUAUCAACAGGUGUGAAAAAGUUAAGAAACACUUUUAAAAAGAGACCAGUGAUGUCUUGAUGAAAGCAAUAGCUGGCUAUCCACAGAUUGCUACUACGACAUUGGUGUUGGAUAUAGCGGUACCGUGAACAUCACCCGUUCUGGCCGUAGUUGUCAGCGUUGGGCCUCACAAUGUCCCCACCGUCACUGGCGGAUUCCUCAAGAUGGAGGCCAGAAUGGCUCCAACAUGUGUCGCAACCCAGAGGGAAGUGCCCCGGAUGGACCUUGGUGUUAUACCACUGACCCCAAAGUUCGAUGGGAAUACUGCAAUAUAUCAAGAUGUCCUCCAAGAGGUAAACUCAGUAUGUCUAUUUCUCUAGAACUCGUUUAAACCAGUUUACUGUUUGAAAUGGCCAACAUAUAUAUUAGCCUCGGAAAAUCGGCAUUCCGCAACGCCUGUGACCACUGUCUUUUUUCCCUCGAAAUGACGCCUGAGAAAUGCCUGAAGAAAUCCCAUACUGAUCACGUGUGACUACCUAGAUCUGGAUAAUGAUUCUGAUAAGUUGAAGCAUAUUUCCCUCGCGGCACGGCCAAUCAGAAACAUUUUUAGAUGGUGAAACGUCAUCAGUUUGGAAUUUCUUCGCUCGUUUCUUAGAAGUCAUUUCGAGGGGAAACCAGUGAGCAUGACGUCACGAAAUAUCGAUUGUUUUCGUAGGCUACCAACAAAUGCUUCAUUUCCUAUGAAACUACCUAGUAGACACUCUAGAGUAGACAACUUAACUAAAACAACGUUUAGUGUGGUUUUAAUUAAUACAUAGCUACAACAACAUCAAAGUUUGUAGAAUAAUUUUAAAUCUGGCUAUUCAAUUUGCUGACGAAAUUAUUGACACGUCUUCUUCUGCUGCUUAACUAGUUCCACAGGAGAUUCCUAGAUUGGUGAGAGGCUACCCUCUCAAUUCGUCUGCAGUUCGUAUCUAUUGGGAAAAAAUCCCCCCAACGUCGUACAAGGAAAAACUGCAAGGUUACAGGAUAAGAUACAAACGCCUUGGGUCCCUGACAUAUAAGGAAUUAAGCGUCACAAGGAACGUCACAGAUGCUGUCAUUGAUGGACUUCUCCCAAAUACAGAAUACCAGAUCGAAGUAAAUGGAUUUAACAAAGUCGGUCAUGGGCCAGCCGGCAAGAUGUUUAAACUAAAAACUUUGUCACCUGGUGAGUGAGGAAGUAAAGAGAUUGCUUUUAAGGACACCUGUAACUAUCGCUAGUCUUAGGCCACCUUUACUCUAUCGAGUAAAUAUUUAAUUGUUUGUAAGGACGUGAUCGAUUGACCGUAUUCCGGAAUAACAAUAAAUGAAAUGAACUCUAGAAAUUACUUAUUUUGGCAAACAUUGCGCUGCAAUAUCACGAAUUUACUUGAAAUAAAAUAUCCCGAUGUAAGUAGCGUUUAAAUGGUCAAAAAAUCAAGGUUGAAGAGAUUUGUAACCAAACUUUUUCGUAUUCUUAUUCCGGAUAACGACCAAUCGAAUGCACCCUUACUUUAUGAGGAUUAAAUUCAAGAGCAGUAUGAAAAUGCCCAUCGCAUCAAAAACUCGACGCGCGAGGACGUCACAUUUCGCGUUUCUGACUAAGACACAUUAAUUUGGAACGUAAUGAAACCAUGCCUCA